GAGGCUAGCCGCGGGGGGCGGGCGCUCCGGAGCGGCGGGUUCGGGGGUUGCUUUAGCUGCCGUCCGCUCCGCCCGCCCGAAGCGCUGAGGAGCCUAGCGGGGACCCGCCGCCCUCCUCCUCCAUGAGGCCUGAGUGAGCGCCGCGGCGAGAGCCGGCCCCGCGGCGCCUCCCCUCGCGUCCUCUCCCGAGCGCAGCAGCAGCGGCCCCCGGAGGAGGAGGAGGAGCAUGUCGGACGGUUUCGAUCGGGCCCCAGGUGCUGGUCGGGGCCGGAGCCGGGGCCUGGGCCGCGGAGGGGGCGGGCCUGAGGGCGCUGGUUUCCCGAACGGAGCGGGGCCUGCUGAGCGGCCGCGGCACCAGCCGCCGCCGCCGCCGCAACCCAAAGCUCCGGGCUUCCUGCAGCCGCCGCCGCUGCGCCAGCCCAGGACGGCCCCGCCGCCAGGGGCCCGGUGCGAGGCCCCCGCCGGCCCCCAGCGGCCUGCCCGGCCCGGGGCGCUCCCAGAACAAACGAGGCCCCUGAGAGCUCCAUCUAGUUCGCCGGAUAACAUCCCACAGCAGAAUUCGGAGUCAGCAAUGGCUAAACCCCAGGUGGUUGUAGCUCCUGUAUUAAUGUCUAAGCUGUCUGUAAACGCUCCUGAAUUCUACCCAUCAAGUUAUUCUUCUAAUUAUGUGGAAUCCUAUGAGGACGGCUGUGAGGAUUAUCCUACUUUAUCAGAAUAUGUUCAGGAUUUUUUGAAUCAUCUUACAGAACAGCCUGGCAGUUUUGAAACUGAAAUUGGACAGUUUGCAGAGACCCUGAAUGGCUGGGUCACAACAGAUGAUGCUUUGCAAGAACUUGUGGAACUCAUCUAUCAACAGGCCACAUCUAUCCCCAAUUUCUCUUACAUGGGAGCGCGCCUCUGUAACUACCUGUCCCAUCAUCUGACAAUUAGCCCACAGAGUGGCAACUUCCGCCAAUUGCUACUUCAAAGAUGUCGGACUGAAUAUGAAGUUAAAGAUCAAGCUGCAAAAGGGGAUGAAGUGACUAGAAAACGAUUCCAUGCAUUUGUGCUCUUCCUGGGAGAACUUUAUCUUAACCUGGAGAUCAAAGGGACAAAUGGACAGGUUACAAGGGCAGACAUUCUUCAGGUCGGUCUUCGGGAGUUGCUGAAUGCCCUCUUCUCUAAUCCUAUGGAUGACAACUUAAUUUGUGCAGUAAAAUUACUGAAGUUGACAGGGUCAGUUUUAGAAGAUGCCUGGAAGGAAAAAGGAAAGACUGACAUGGAAGAAAUUAUUCAGAGAAUUGAAAAUGUUGUCCUAGAUGCAAAUUGCAGCAGAGAUGUAAAACAGAUGCUUUUGAAGCUUGUAGAACUCCGGUCAAGUAACUGGGGUAGAGUCCAUGCAGCUUCAACAUACAGGGAAGCAACACCUGAAAAUGAUCCUAAUUAUUUUAUGAAUGAGCCAACAUUUUAUACAUCUGAUGGUAUUCCUUUCACUGCAGCUGAUCCAGAUUACCAAGAGAAAUAUCAAGAGUUACUUGAAAGAGAAGACUUUUUUCCAGAUUAUGAAGAAAAUGGAACCGAUUUAUCAGGGGGUGGUGAUCCGUACUUGGAUGAUAUUGAUGAUGAGAUGGACCCAGAGAUAGAAGAAGCUUAUGAAAAGUUUUGUUUGGAAUCAGAGCGUAAGCGAAAACAGUAAAGUUAAAUUUCAGCAUAUCCAUUUUAUAAAGCAGUUUAGGUUAUGUUGAUUUAGCAGAACACACGAAAGCAAGAAAAUGUGUCACACUUAAACCAAAUUAAGGGUGUUGAGUUAUGUUACUAAUGUAUGCAACUUUAAUUUUGUUUAACACUCUCUGCCAAAAUAAACUUUAUUCCCUAUAACUUAAAAUGUGUAUAUAUAUAUAAUAGUUUAUUAUGUACAGUUAA